AUUUAAGCACUGGCAUUUUCAUCAAGUAGCCCCACACAUUCGGGUCAAAAAUAUUUUCCAUAGUAUCUUGUAGUUUCGGGCACUAGAAAAUACACACCAAGAUUUUUGUGCAAAAGAAUUUUUUUGUUUUUCACCUGUUUUUAUUUGCAAAUAUUUAAGUGAAAUGUGCUCCAAUCCGGUCGAACGUGCCAAGCGGCCCCAUCAAGCGGGUAGAGUUUGCCGUGAAAUGCUCUACACGCGUUCGAAGAAUCCGAAACGUGAAGUUCCAGCCUUUACCUAUCAGGCAUUGCAAAAAGGAACUGUAGUUAAGCCCCCACCAAAAAUUGACAUAUUUAAACGGAAACCGGUAAAGGAAACUGUAUUUAAGAUCUAUUGCUCGCGUGGAGAUAUUCCAGUGGUGUUGGCCGGACGUAGUAAUAAACAGGAUCCCACCAAGGAUCGUCCUUUGCGCUGGCAAUGCAAUCCCGAGGAUUUAGAUUAUUGUUACUAUUUGCCCAUCUUUGUGGAUGGUCUGGCCGACAUGGAUAAUGACACACGUUUGCUGGCCCUAAAUGGAGCCAUUGAUCUAAUAAUGAGGUCACCCAAGAAAGUUUUACCCGUUUUGCCCAAGUUGAUAUUACCACUGAAACGAGCCUUUCAGACACGGGAUAAGCGAAUUAUUAUCUCAGCUUUGCAAGUGCUACAGCUUAUGGUUCGAUUGGGACCUUGUGUGGGUCAAGCUUUAGUUCCUUUCUACCGCCAAUUGCUGGCCGUUUGCAAUCUCUAUAAGAAUAUCAAUGUUAAUUUGGGUGAGGGCAUCGAUCCGGAUCGCAGCAAACGUAUUGGAGAUGUUAUUGAGGAUACAUUGAAAUUACUAGAAUUUUGCGGUGGACCCAAUGCUUUUAUUAACAUCAAGUAUAUGGUUCCCACCUAUGAGAGUAGCGUCUUUCCACGAUGUGAGGCGCCCGAGCUAAGAAAUGAGUAAUUUUUGCUUUUGUGUUAGCAUUUUGAUGAAAUUUGUUUGGGUUGAAUUUAUUAUUCAUUCUUCCAACUUAUUAUUACUUCAAAAUUGAGUAUUACAAUAGUAGAAUACGAAAUUUUGUGCAAUUAAAAAGAUAUUAAGUGAA